UCAAGGAGAAAAGCCCAUUCAAGGUAUCGCGACGUUGCAAGCCUACGACCUAAGCCCACACAGCCCCAGACUCGCCGGAAGCCAUGGAGGAAGAGAAGGCGGCGGCGUACUACGACGAGCUCAGCCGCAAGGGCGAGGGCGCCCGCCGCUUCAAGCAGGGCCUCGGCUUCUCCUCCUCCGAUCCCCAAUCCACCUCCUUCCCCUCCAAACCCCCCUCCACCUCCUCCUCCUUCCUCUCCGGCUUCGUCCGCGCCGGCGCCACCCCCGCCCCCGCGCAACCCACCAAGCAGCCGCCGCCGCCGCCGCCGCCGCCACACGAGCCGUCCCGCACAGGCCGUCACUCUCGGUCCCCGUCCCCGUCGCGGCGGCAUCGGACCCGCUCCAGUUCCCCGUCUCGCUCGCGGCGCCACCGGUCCAGGUCGAGGGAGCGGAGGCGCCGGUCCAGGUCCAGGGAGAGGGAGAGGGAGGACCGCAGGGCGUCGCGCCGCCGCUCCCGGUCUCGUUCUCGGUCGCGGUCGCCUUCUCGCCGAAGCGGGAGGAGCUCGUACUCCGAGAACCGGCAUGGGGACAGGCGGCGCGACGAUGGUGGCGGCCGCCGUGGAAGCUCGAAGGGGCGCGGUGGCAGGGAGGGUGGUAAGGUGGAUUACUCGCGGCUCAUAGAAGGUUAUGAUAGAAUGACCCCAGCGGAGAGAGUGAAGGCAAAGAUGAAGCUUCAGCUUUCAGAGACAGCUUCAAAAGAUUCCACCCUUGGAAAUGCCACUGUGGGGUGGGAAAGAUUUGAAUUCAAUAAGGAUGCUCCACUUGAUGAAGAUGACAAUGAUGUUGAAGUUGCUAAUGAUGACGCUUCACUGGUGAAGCACAUAGGAAAGAGCUUCCGACUUUCUGCUGUACAAUCCAAGCAUGAAGAUACGGUCAGAGAUGCACAUGAAAAUGCUAUAUUUGGAGUACCUGCAUACCCCAUUGUUGAUACUGAAACUACGGAGGCUGAGCCUGAAACCAAUGACGAAAGCGAGAAAGCUAAAGAUGUUGAAGCCGAACCUAGCAGUUCCCUCAUUAGUGAUAAAGUUCUGGCAACGCAAAGCGGGUCAUGGAGAGAAAGAGCUCAGAAAUUACGGCAGAAUCCAAAUGCGUGAAGUUCUAUCCAUGUUCCAUUUAUGCUGCUCUGCUGAAUUUUGACUCCGGAAUUCGUAUAAUGAUGACUCCAUGAUGUGCAGAGCGUUAAGCAGUUGACAGUGAUACUUCGAAGCUGAACUCUGUUGUAUAUGUAUCUUUGGUGUGAGUACUGAGUAGUGCCGUACUAUUGCAUUGCUUCUCUAGUUCUAUGACGCCAAAAGCUUAGGUCUGGUUUUUGGGUAGCACCAGCUGCACUAAAUUAAUGUAAAAUUUGUCUGUGUUUUAAUUUCUUCACAUCAACGCAUAGAUGUAUCCAUAGUUUUCAUUUUGGCCCCUGUUGGCAAUCAGGAAUUGUACUGGUCAGCACUCUCUGUCUCUCUUACAAAUAGUAGCUAACAAUUGUGCA